AUGUAUGAUAAAAUUAAACAUGAUAAAGAUGUUUUAUUAACAGAAAAUAAAUUAUUAUCUGCUCGAAUUUCUCAAUUAGCAUAAAAAAUUGCAAAAGGUACUAAAGUUGAAAAAGAUAAUUCUUAAACUUUAGAGGAUUUCAAAUUAUAUAAAUAAAAAUCAAAUUUAGUAUAAUAUGAAUAGGUUAUGAUAUGUUAAAAAAGAUAAAUUACAUAAUUGAAGGAAUAAUUAUUAAAAAUGAAUGAUAAAAAAUAUAGUGUUACAAGUUAAACUUGGGGAGUAAGUACUAAAUCAGAUUCAAGAAGAAAUAUUAAUGAAUUAUAAGCAUGUAAUAUAUCCUCUUAAAAAUAAUCUAAUAAUUAAAAAACUACACAUAGAUAAUCAAAAAUCAUUAUGCCUCCAAUACUUGAAUAUGAUCCAACAAUAUUUGCUGUUAAUCCAGCUAUUUUUAACACUAGAUUUAGAUAAGCUUGUUUUACUUCCAAAGCAAUUAUACAUUAAGAUGAAUAGAUUUAAAUUACAACUUAAACAUAAUUAAAAUUCAAAAAAUUAUUUAUUACAUUAUCUAUUGAAAAUAAAUCAAAUAUUAAACUUAUUGGUUUCAAAUUAUAAUUAAAAGAAAUAGAAUAAUUAAUAGCUUAUGUAUUAGAUGAAAUUAAAAGUGAUUUAAAUCCUGGAGAAAUGUAGUAAAUUAAAUUAGAAAUAUCUAUUAAAGAAAUACCUUAUAUAUUAUAAGAAGCUUAAAUAUCUUUUAUGGAUAAGAAUAUAUAAUUUGUGAUUCCUUGUACUAUCAAUAAAUAUUUAACUUUUAAAUCUUGUGAAUAGAUACCUUAAUCAUUUUUUUAUUAAUGUAAACCAUUUUUGACAGGAUUCUAAAAUUCUAUUCCUAAUCUAUUACCAGAAUUUGAAGUAAUUAGCUAAUCUGAUACUGAAAUAAGUGUCUUAGCUUCAGCUGAUUAUAAUGAAGAAGAAUAUGAAAUUAUGAUUUCCUGUAGAAAAAGUAUGAUGUAAAUUAAAAUGAAUGGUGUUUAUAAUGAUAAACUAGUGAAAACUAUCAUUUCAACUUACUAAGGGCUAUUUUUGAAAAGAUGA